AUGAAAAUUUUUCGUAGCAAUCCUGGUUUUCAAGAAAAAUCUCUUAAGUUAGUUAAAACGAAAAUUAGUAAAUGGCAACCAACAAUACUAUCCACUACAUGUACAACUACUACUCCACCACCUGUUCAUACAAAUUCACUUGAUUCUCAAUCAACAAUAUCAAAAGGUCCUCUUUCAUACUGUUUUGAUAUACCACAAAAUUCCUUAACAUUGUCAACAACGCCGUAUGAAUUAGAUGAAUAAUCAAAUCAAUAUUUAUCCAAAAUUAAUGAAAAUUUUGAAGAUGGUGUUGCGGCUAAUGAUCCAGUUUUUAAUGAUAAUAUACUUGUUCAUGAUAUACUUAUGGAUGAUACAAAUACUGAUGGUGCAGAUGCUGGUGGUACAUUAGAUGAUGAUACACUUGUUGAUAAUUAUAUAUUCGAUGAUGAUGAUUAUAAUUAUAAAUUCACAUGA